CGGCUCUUGCUUUGUUUCGUACUUGAUGUGAAGUCGGACGGUCGUGCUCGCUGCUCCGCCACUUAAAAAAAAAAAAUCAAACGACUCCCCGCUUAAACGUUGUUGAUAAUAUUUCAUAUUCAUUACUUCACAGUCUCGCAUCAGACGCACGUUACGUAACUUGAAAAGUAUUUAUUUAUUUAUUAAACUGUUUUUAUUUACGACAAUUAUUUUGUUUUUUUUUUUAAAUGACUUGACAAAAGUUACUCAGUAUUAAACCAAAAAAAGAACGCGCAUUGUUAAUCGUUGUUUAACGAUAAUUUUUUUUUUUACAAAAAAUUAAAUUUUGUAAAUGUUGUUUAUAUUUUAAGUACUGUGAUAAGCAUGGCGGGAGACAACCAACAUUUUUGUCUGCGCUGGAACAACCACCAAAGCACGUUGAUCAGCGUAUUCGACACGUUGCUGGAGAGCGGCACGUUGGUCGAUUGCACGUUGGCGGCUGAGGGUCAAUACCUAAAAGCCCACAAAGUCGUUUUGUCGGCAUGCAGCCCAUACCUAGAGCUUUUAUUAAGCCAACAUUAUGAAAAGCAUCCGAUCGUCAUACUGAAGGACGUUAAGUUCCAAGAACUAAAAAGUAUGAUGGAUUACAUGUACAGGGGAGAAGUUAACAUUUCCCAAGACCAGUUAAGCACGUUCCUGAAAGCUGCAGAAUCUCUGCAGAUCAAGGGUCUGACUGAUGGUGGUGGCAAUGAAGACAGCGCAGCCUCUUCAGCACCGGCCAAGGCACCUGUUGCCACUCCGGUCAGAAAACCAAUCCAACAGUCUGUCACACGUGGUCCAUCUACAGUAGCACAGGGUUUAACGAUAGAGAGGAGGCCAGAAAGUCCACACAUCAGGUCUCGUGAUGAUAGCGCCUCACCUACUAGAAAACGCAGGCGCAACCAGCGUAGGCCGUCGACAAGUGACGAUCCCGACAGUCAUAUUGAUACAAGCAACUCCUGUGAUGUACCGCCCCUUCAGUCCGGAGCCCUGAGCGGCGUCGGUGUUCCUAACAUUCCUGCCACCAUAACCAAAGGUGCGCCGUUGGAUGACGGUGAUCAUGAGACUGAUAACAGCCGCAUCAACAACCACGAUGCAUCAGCUGCUGAAGGUGUGGCAGGACCAAAGAUCGAACCGACUGGUGAACUGAUUGAACCUAAGACUGAGUAUUUGGAAGAUAUGAACAACGAAGACAGUAUAGAAGACUUGACAUUGGAUGAUGAUGACGAUAUGGACAAUAGUAUGGACAUGUCAAGAGCUGGACCAUCACAUGAUAACUCUAACCAAAGUUUUAAUCAAUGGCCAAUGUCUGGAAACCAAACCACGGAUGAAGUGUUUAUGAAUGCACAAGAAGCAGUUGGAGCUCACAGGGAUACUCAAGGUAAGACUCGAUUUAAAUUGUAUGGCUUCUAAACACAUGGCCUUUCUUAUGAUGGGUCGUAUGUUUGGGAGCAUUGAAAAAAUUUGGUGGAAUUUCAUUCUUUUAUUCUUUGAACUUUGAUCACAGCGUUGAUCAACUAUGCAAAUAUAAUUUUAAUGUUUCUGUUCACCAAGUUUUUUCAAUUAUAAUCAUAGAAUUAUAGCUGUGGCAGAGCCUUAGGUAAGGUUCACAUGUGGAAUCUCUUAUCGUCAUUAGUUAUAUAUUCACAUUUGGACCCAGCCUUGGUUCGGUUUGAGCUUUGAAUGGUACUUUUUUUUUUUCUGGGCACUUUUUGGCUGUUAUUUAGUAACCUGCGGUGUAGGAAAUCAUUUGCUAACCACUUUUUUUCUUUUGUAUAUAUAUUUUUUUUUAUAAUUUAAUUUUGCAAUUACUAUUCCUCAUUGUCUUGUUAUAAACAAAGCCUACGGAGAAUAAUACAUAUCAUAAUUAAGUAGGUCAUGAGGAAUCAAACAGAUAAUUAAUAUGGUUAACCUUUAACUUAAAAUAAUUUGAUCCCCUCAAAAGAUCUCUGUUUGGGCUUAAUAUGCAUACAUAUUUAUUUAUAAUCUAUUCCUUAUAUUUCUUUAAAUUAGUAAUCAAUUUGUCAAAAGUUGGACUAGAGCGAAAGGAGGCUCGUAAGUUAUUCUUUUGUGGCAAAUUGAAUUAUAUCUAUCCUUUCUUAUUCCUUUUGUGUAUAAUACUACAGUAAAAAUCUGUAUUUUAAAUUUCACAUAGCUUUAUAAUUUAAACAACAAGUUACGAUUAAAAAUAAGUUUUUCUCUUUGGACCCAUGAACUUGUGAUUUUGAGCUUGUGUUGUUAUAUAGGUUCUGUGGGUCCUGAGGAAAACUUAAGCUUAAUUUUCAUCAUCCUUACAGAGAUCUGACCUUUCCCCUUAUAAUAUACUUAAAUGUAUUUAACAUACAUACAAAUUAAUAUUCAUCUGGUGAGGGAGUUUGAAAAUAAGAUGGCUGCAGUAGGGGAACGGGGUGCAGUUUAGCAAGUAUGAUCACAUUAUCAUGUCUAGUUAUCAAUUUUAAACUUCAGUGUCUAUAUUUUUAAAAAAGAAUAAAAGCAUUUUAAAUUAAAGUCAACUCUAAUUUCUAAAAUCUAAAUCGUCCAAACCAUUCACAAGAAUCAAUACAAGGAUCAAUGAUGAAGAACUUGCUGAUUGGAGGUAAGUAUAAGGUAACCGGUAAAUAGGGAUUCUCCACACCUCUUUAUAAUUCCUUUAUUUUUCCUAUUCACUCCUAUCAUUUCUUUUAGAUUUAAUAAUUUUAUUUUGAUUAAUAUUGCAUAAUUAUUUAAAAGGCCCUUUUCAGGGCCUUGUUUAAUGUCUUAAUUAUUUUCUUAGCAUAAGUAGGAAACAAGACCAGUCCAUUAGUAGUAGGUGUAAGUUUUCUUGGCUAGUAUUUUUAAUUUUUAUACUAGACAAGGAUUGACAAUUUUUUUUGACUAUUUACUGUGGUAUUUUUUUUAUCCUUUAUUCCAUAUGGAGAGUAAAAUGAGUAAAGAGAAUGGUUAGUGUUCGAAAAAAAAAAAAAUAUAUAAAAAAAUAUAAAAAAUAAAAUCAUAAAUUUGU